AUGCUCUCCACUACGCACCUCUCCGCCCUCACGGCACUCUUCCUCGCAAUCCUUGCCGUCGCCACCCCGACGCCCUCCCCCAGCGUCGGGAACGGUUCCGCGGGCCCCUGCGCAGCCGCAGAGAGCACGCCGCAGUGCUGCUCCGCGCUCAUGCCCGCGAACAGCACCGCGGGCGCCGCGCUGCUCGGCGCGCUGGGCGCGGCCGUCGGGGACGUGUCGUCGCUCGUCGGCAUCGCGUGCACGGACGCGGGUUCUAGCGCGAGCUGUGCGGCGCACGAUGCGCCGGUGUGUUGUGCCGGGGAGCCGGCUCUGUUGGGGAUCUUGUCGCUGGGCUGUCUGCCGAUUGUAGGGCAGCUGUUGUAG